CUCCAAACAUCUGCACAAAUAUCCUGCCAGAAUUGAAAAUGAAAUGAAAUGAAAUCAUUUUGUUUUGUAGGUGUCUCACAGGUCCUGCUGGCAGAAUCUAGUGCUCAUGAAAGACCAGAUGAUGAACAACUUGAAGUGUGCAAAGCAAAGGAUGACCUAAAGUCUCAAACUGGACACUUACCAACCAGGAAGGUCAGUGGAGAGCACAGCAGAAGGUCUGGGUUGGUGGUGGUUUUGUUUCUCAGCUGUAGGUCUGCAGUAAUGAAGCAGAGAAGUGAAGGUCCUCACAGAGACUGCAGCUCUCUUACAGGCUGGAGGUUAUUUUAUCUAUUACUCUAAACGUUGGUUCCUGACUUUUAACUCCAACAAACAGUUCUGUCUCUUUCUUCCUCCCUUUUCUCCCUCUCUCUUUCUCCGCCCCCUCUCUAUGACCCUAAGGGACCAGGAAGUCCCUCCUACUCAGUUCAGGGAAAACGAAACUUAUCUCAGAGAGCUGCUCCCUCUCCGUCUAGACGUGCAGGACAAUGGCCAGUAUUUCAGUAGAUCACGACCAGUUCAGCUGUCCAGUCUGUCUGGAUCUGCUGAAGGAUCCAGUGACCAUCAACUGUGGACACAGUUUCUGUAAGGUGUGUAUUAAUGGCUGCUGGGAUCAGGAGGAUCAGAGGGGGGUCUACAGCUGCCCCCAGUGCAGACAGACCUUCACUCCAAGGCCUGUUCUAAGCAGAAACAACAUGCUGGCUGAAGUGGUGGAGAAACUGAAGAAGACAGAACUCCGGGCUGCUCCUCCUGCUCCCCGUUACGCUGGACCUGGAGAUGUGGAGUGUGAUUUCUGCACUGGGAGAAAACUCAAAGCCAUCAAGUCCUGUCUGACGUGUCUGGCCUCCUUUUGUGAAACUCAUCUUCAACCUCACUGUGAAGUUCCUGCAUUGAAGAAGCACAAGCUGGUCAAAGCCUCCUCACAGCUACAGGAGAAGAUCUGCUCUCAGCACGACAAACUGAUCGAGAUCUACUGUCGUACUGACCGAAGCUGCAUCUGCUAUUUGUGUAUGGUUGAUGAACACAAAGGUCACAAUACAGUCUCGGCUGCAACGGAAAGAACCGAGAAACAGAAUCAGCUGAAGGAGAUGCAGAGUAAAUUCCAGCAGAGAAUCCAGGAGAAACAGAAGGAGCAGCAGGAGCUGAAACAGGCUGUGAAGACUCUUAAGCGCUGUGCUCAGUCAGCAGUGGAGGACAGUGAGAGGAUCUUUACUGAACUGAUCCGCUCCAUUGAGAAAAAGCGCUCUGAGGCAACAAAGCUGAUCAGAGCUCAGGAGGAGGCUGAACUGAGUGGAGCUGAAGAACUCCUGGAGAAACUGGAGCAGGAGAUCGCUGAUCUACAGAGGAGACGCACUGAGCUGGAGCAGCUUUCACACACAGAGGAUCACAUCCAUUUCCUCCAGAGUUUCCAGUCUCUCUGUGUCUCUUCUGGAUCUGAGGACUCACCCAGCAUCACUGUCCAUCAGCACCUCUCAUUUGAUGGAGUGAGGAGAUCUCUCUCUGAGCUGAAGGAGCGAGUGGAGGAGUUCUGCAGAGAGGAGUUCAGUAAAAUCCCUCCACAUGCUGCAGCAGUUCAGAUUUUAUCCUCAGAACCAAAAACCAGAGAAGAUUUUCUGCAGUAUUUCUGUCGGCUGACUCUGGAUCCCAACACAGCCAAUCCUUACCUCAGUCUGUCUGAGAGGAACAGAGUGGUGACGUACAGUGAUAUACACCAGUCAGUCUCUGACCAUCCAGAGAGAUUUGACAGCUGGACUCAGGUGUUGUGUAAGGAGAGUGUGAGUGGACGCUGUUACUGGGAGGUUGAGUGGAGCAGUGAUGGAGGAGCUGUGUUCAUAUCAGUCUCAUAUAAAGGGAUCAGCAGGAAAGGACGGGGUACUGAUUGUGGGUUUGGAAACAACAGUCAGUCCUGGUGUCUGUGGUGUUGUUCUUCCUCUCUCACUUUCUGGCACAACAACAUUGAGACUAAGAUCUCAGGACCAUCAUCCUCCAGAAUAGGAAUGUAUGUGGAUCACAGUGCAGGAACUCUGUCCUUCUACAGCGUCUCUGACACACUGACCCUCCUACACACAGUCCACACCACGUUCACUCAGCCGCUCUACGCCGGGUUCUAUGCCUUCAGGGGAACUGUGAGGUUAUGUGAUAAAAAAUGAUGCGUCUAAUUAAUAUUGCAGAUAAAAAAAUCAAUUACAUUUUAUGGUUGAUCAACUGUAACAAACUUUGACCCACAUUUAAUUUUCAGAUCACAUUAACUUUAUUAUUCCUGCAUUUCCACAGAGUUUGACCCUCAUUCUCUCAGCCUCUCUGAUGGUUCAGAUAAAGAGACAGACGUGUUUCAGUAAUGCAGCUGAUGGGAAAUGAAACCAGUAGACAGGGUGUGAAUGAGUUUUGUCCCUCCAGCUCUCCGAGACCCUGGCAGGUCACACAUGGAUUUACAUGGGAAAUCAAGCAGAUCCUCCAUUUCAUUCAUCCAGAAUCUCAGAGCUGUUCUAACACUGAGAAUAAUAUUUCGCUGUAAAUCAGCAGCUUUGAUCUUAAUAAACUCCCACUAGAGUCUGAUUUAAUAAAAGGAGUUUAUAUCUAGUUUAAUCUCCCAGUCGCUGUUUAAAGUGAUUAAUAUGACUAAUAUUAGCUUCUGUGUUGUAUAUUUACUGUGUGAUGAAGCUGUAAAUACAGUUCAGUGCUGUUCAUUUCACUCCCAGCAUUUUAUAAGACAGAGAGAAACAAAGUUUAUUGAUCCUGAAGGAAAUGGCAGAGUCACAGCAGCAGCAGCAGAACAGUGUGGAUCACAUCACUCUACUAGAAAGAGCCGGAAAUGUACAGAAUUGACAAAAACAAACACUUUGAAAGAGACUUAAAUCACAUUCUGGGCUCACAAACGUGUGAAUGGCAGUGAACAUUUCUGUAUGAUUGUAUCUUGAGGUGUUAAUGAGAUUCCUUUAGAACUGUGUAAGUGAAUAUUAUAUACAUGUAUGUACUGAUCCAGGUGAUGUAAUUGACUGAUUAACUGGAGAAAUGCUGAUAUAAAAUGUAAUAUAAGGGA